AAAGCAGGAUCCAACCACUGGUCACUGUAGUCGAAGUGAGUGUUGGUACAAAGUAAUACUAUUCAAACAUCCAACAACCAAAGUUGUGGAGAAUCUGUUCUACAACAUCUUAGCAGACCAUUAGUACAUGCAUGUUGUAAAGAUCAGGUAGUCCUGUCUAAAAAGAAAUAAAGCAAAGGAGUUUUAUGCAAAAAUCUCUUGAGAGCUGUGAAAGAAGCUCCCUUAAGAAUCUCAGAUUAUGUAAAGCAGUAUACAAAUAUUCCAGUCACAGAAUACAAGGCUUCUUUUCUAGGUUUAGUUAAGCAAGGAGACAGUGAUGCCUCAUUAUUAUAUAGGUUCUAUUUUUUUAUUAUUUUUUUCUUUUUCUUUUUCUUGCAUGAAAAACCCAACCCAUGUAAAAUCCAAGAGGCCAAUGGGCCCAGUGGACCCUCCAAAUCAACAUUUUCACAUUCAUGGUCCCACAAAAGUGUAACAAGAAUCACUUCCAUCUCCAAGGACAAAGAAAAGGAAAAAGAAAAGAGAUGAAAAAGAAAGAACAAAAAUAAACAUAUGAAAAUAAAUUAAAAAAAACCCAACACUUCCAGCAUAUAAAAAUAUAAAAAAAAAACUAACCCCUCCCCCACAUUACCAUGCUUUCCUAUCCCCCCCUUUCCUUUCUCUCCUUUGAUUCCUCUCAUUCUCCCUUUGCUUCUUUAACUAGUUAUAGUAACACUUCUUUGCAUAUGGCCAUGUUCUUCUUCUUAAACAAGUGAUGGCUCAAGAAGCAAGUUUGGAUAGAGAGAAGUAGAAGUAGAAGGUGUAGAGAAGAGUAUGAGUAGGUCCCUGAGGGCCUUGUUGUGUGUGGGGCUUUUGGUGUCUUUUGCAAUAUAUGUGGAAAGUAGGUCUCAUGGUGCAAAAGCCACACAACCACUUGCUGCUGCAGCAGCUGCUUCUGCUUCUGCUGCAGCUGUGGUGAGUUUUGAGAAUUUGGAGAGCUCCUCUUCAUCAAGAACCAGCAGGCCCAUCAAUAGGCACAUGAUGAACAUGGACCCAUUUAGAAGUAGUAAGAGAAGAGUGCCCAAUGGGGCUGAUCCCAUUCACAACAGGGGAGAGGGGAAGUCGGGGCGACCACCGGGAAGAGCGUAGCAGCGACGGUGCUCCGAGGCGUGGGAGUUUCGACCCUAAGUGUUUAGAGGUGAAUUAUAUACUAGGCCUUAAGGGUCUCAUGGUGAGUGCAACUAUGAGUGGGGCUAUCUUAAUUUAAACAUUCCAAAGAUAUAUAUUAGCCAUAAUAUCUCAUUGCUUUCUUAAAGUGAUCUACUUUAAGAGAUAUUGAUGAUGUUGGGGUUUGUAAUAUAAAGAGUUACCAGCUUCACUCACACAAAAUGAACCUUCAAGAUUCUUUGACCAAAGAUGGCAGGUGCUUUUCCAGUAGCUUUAUUAGUUUUCUCCUUUAUUUUGUUUUAUUGUUUUAUAGAUUUAUAUAAAGAUAGAAAGAUGAAAGAGAAGUGGAUGAAGCUGUAGGUGAAUGAUCAUGUUUUUCAUGUGUGAU